UAUUAGUGCAUCACAAAAGGCAUCGAUAUUGGCGAAUUAGCGGAUCAUCUGAAAGUGCAUCAAGUCCACGUCAUAGUAAUGUCCUCAGAAUCUCGAAACGACAUGCUAAAGGCUCUCGAGGAAACCGAUCCUGGUGGCCACCUGCUCACGGUACUGCAAUUCUACGCCUUUGAUUUGGAAAAUGGGAAAUACUGCCACGACAUGGCGGAACACUGCGUCCUAGAGGAGCUGCAGGGCACAGUCGAGAUCUAUAGGUAUGGAUCGGUGGUGACAGGAUUGGCCCUGAAGGAGAGCGACAUUGAUUUGUUUUUGAGGCCCAUCUCCAGCCCGCCCAUCCUCUACGACGACGUGGUAAAGCGUCUUCGGCGCUCCAAGUGCUUCUGGAGGGUCACUCCCAUUCGCAAGGCCCGAGUGCCUGUCAUCCGGUGCGCUCAUAAUGCGACUGGUCUCAGAAUGGACCUCAAUAUGUCCAACUCACAUGGCGUGUUUAAUUCUCGAUUUGUGGCCGAGCUUUUGAAAUGCGAUCGGCGGCUACACCACCUAUUUUUGUUCUUGAAGAUCUGGGCUACGAAACUAAAGUUGAUUGGACGUCACCACCUGACCAGCCAUUGCCUGGUCAGCAUGAUCAUCUUCAGCCUGCAGGUGCAUCAACUACUGCCCUCCGUACAGCAGAUGCAGGCGACCUGUCCACCGAUCAUUUAUGAGGGCAAUAAUUUCGCAUACAAGCUGCAGCCGGCGCCAAGGAUUCCCGAAGAUAUGUCCACCCAGCAGUUAAUUAAUAAUUUCUUUGGUUAUUACACUACCUUCGACUUUGGUAAGUUCGUGGUUAGUCCAUUUUUGGGACGUUGCCUGAACAGACACGAGAAUGAGCAUCUUGCCUUUCAACUGCAUUGCAAAAACAUCUGCGUUCAGGAUCCUUUCGAGCUGAACCUGAAUCUGGCCAAGUCUGUCAGUCAAAGAAAUUUGGAUUAUUUUAGACAAUGUCUAAUGCUGUCGGCUCAGGCAUAUAGUGAUAAGGAUCUCAAAUGGCAACCGAAGAAGCUCUAUGACUACCUGUUCUUCGGAAUAGCGGAAAAAUUGACAUAUACUCCGGAUAAUCAAAUAGUCAGACAGCCAACAAGGGUACCUGAUGCAAUGCAAAAUACUAGUGCUCCGCACAUUCCGAUGACUACCUUUAUCCAGCUCACAACAGAAGAUUACCAAGGUUUACUUCCAAUCAGGGAAGUAAUGAAAACUGACAAAGAAGAGGCCACGUUUUUCACCUGGCACGCUUGCCAGUUGGCCACCAUUAUUGAUGUGCUGACAGAAGUGUACGGCUUGAAGAUCGAAUCACAGGAGAAUCAACUGGGCAGCAGCCGGAUGCUUAUCAGUGGCCAAGUAGACACUUGGAGUCGUCGCAAUUUUAUCCCGAUGGCGAGUCAAUCAUUUCUAGCUCACCAACUGCAGCAAUCGAGGAAGUUCUCUACGACCAGACCUGGAAAUCCUGCCUAUGCGGUCAACGUACGCGCCUAUUUGACGGUGACAUGGUAUCAGGCAAAGAAACAAUUGCAGAUCAAAAUGGAGCCAGUUUCGGACCCACUCCGUAACGCUCAUCUGGAGAGGCUAUUCUAUGAGUUCAAGCGUCUCCUGAACAGAUACAGCUUCAAGGAGCAGGCCAGCAUUUGGUCGCUUGAUACAAUCUCAAAUCAAGAAAUAUUGAUUCUCAAAAUAAUUCUUGUGGCAUUGUUUUUUCUAUUCUCUAUAAUUCCAGGUCCUUUGUUUUUGAUAAUACUGUUCAUUUUGGCAAUACAGUUUCGGAAUUUUUUAACACCUUUAAUUUGUAGGUAUUAUUGGCGCCAUUUAAAUACAUUAAGAUUUAAAAAGAAUGAAUUGCACCCCAAAUACCCUAUUUAUAGAUAAUUUUCAAAACAAGAAAGAAAACUUCGGGAAGCUAAAUUUGUAUACCGUUGGAGUUUCCCAUAGAAUCUCAUGGCUUUUAAUAAAAAAUCGAUCAUAACUAUGCCAAAAAUGCAUCAAAUUGUAUUCGAAAAGCUUCUCUGUGCUUGAUUUUGUCUAGAUUAACAAAUCUGUAUAUUAUAUUUUUUUACUAUGAAGGAUGAACAUUUAUCUGCAAAGUUUUUUACUAUUUUUCUAAAUGUAACCCUUUCAAAAUUUUCAAAGUUAAUUAUGGUUAUUUUAGGGUCACCUUUUAAAAAAUGUUGUGUCGAAACGGCUAAAGUUAGCUUAAUAAAUCCAUUUACUACACAACAAUUAAACAAUUUUGUGUUAAAUUUUAUAUCGAAAAAUAUUUAGAGGCAGAGAAGUUAGAAAAUCUCCCGAGUGGCCUGUCCCAACUGUCCACAGAAUGUUGUGAUAUCAAAAAAUAUAAUGUAUUCAUUUAAGGAUAAGAUGUUUUGAGGUACCCAAGUGGCGUUUAUAUUUAAAAAAAAAAUUUGUCCAGAUUUUGUAUCUAAAUUGUAAGUCAAAAGCCCAAUUGUAAACCUAAAAAUAAUAUUAAUAAACGAAAAUAAUAUUUAAAAUUAAAAAAGCUCAAAGUGAGUAGCAUUAACA